CACUUACAGACACUUACAGACACCCAGCACAGGAUCCAUCCAGUCCCGGAUACUUGGAAUCACACUCUACCUCCACAACAUGUGAACCGGUGGCCGAGCAGAAUGACUUUUCCUCCGCGUGCUGCAGAAAAUGAACAUCUCUCCGAGUGAAUCUGCAACGACCAUGUUGCAUCUGGUGGACGACCACCACGCCAACGUCAGCUGCAACUGCUCCCCGGCUGCGUCCAACUGGACGAGCGGGGGCGACGCCCCGCAGCUGCCGACGUUCACCACAGCGGCCAAAGCCAGAGUGAUCAUCACCUUCAUCCUCUGCGGCCUGUCGGCCGUGUGCAACCUGGCCGUGCUGUGGGCGGCUCGCAGCGACGGGAAGAGAAAAUCCCACGUGAAGGUGCUUAUCAUCAACCUGACCGUGGCUGAUCUGCUGGUGACAUUCAUUGUGAUGCCGGUGGAUGCCGUGUGGAACAUCACAGUCCAGUGGCUCGCCGGGGACUUUGCCUGCAGGCUAUUGAUGUUUCUCAAGCUGCAGGCGAUGUAUUCAUGCGCGUUUGUCACUGUGGUGAUCAGUCUGGACAGGCAGUCAGCUAUCCUCAACCCUCUGGCUAUCAACAAAGCCAGAAUAAGAAACAGAAUCAUGCUCACUGUGGCGUGGGGUAUGAGUGUUGUGCUCUCAAUCCCUCAGAUCUUCCUUUUUCACAAUGUGACCAUCAUCCACCCGAAGGAUUUCACACAGUGCAUGACGCAGGGAAGUUUCGUCAGUCACUGGCAUGAAACCACCUACAACAUGUUCACUUUCUCGUGCCUGUUCCUGCUGCCGCUGAUCAUCAUGAUCACCUGCUACUCCAGGAUCUUCUGUGAGAUCUCCAAACGCCUGAGAAAGGACAAGUUGCCCUCCAGUGAAGUGCAUCUGCGCUGCUCCAAGAAUAACAUCCCUAAAGCCCGGAUGAGAACUCUAAAGAUGAGUAUAGUGAUUGUACUGUCUUUCAUUAUCUGCUGGACUCCGUAUUACCUGCUGGGUCUGUGGCACUGGUUCUUCCCUGACGACCUGCAGGGCAAAGUGUCCCACUCUCUCACCCACAUCCUCUUCAUCUUCGGGCUCGUCAACGCCUGCCUGGACCCCGUGAUCUACGGCUUAUUCACCAUUCACUUUCGAAAGGGACUCAGAAGAUUUUAUGGCCGAUCUACAGCAGCGCCAGAAGGGGAAAACAACACGGUUAUUACUGGGUCUUUCAUGUGUGCAGCCAAUAGUUUGCACCUGAGGAGAGAGUUGUGGCAUCCCAGCCAGGAGAGGCUCAUGCUGCGCUGCGAACACAACGGCAAAGCAGAGACGUCACUGCCAAGAAGGAGCUUCCUGAUAGUUGGGAGUGAAACAAAGAGAGAUCUGAACCAGUCCAGCUGUGACAGCAUCGUAUGAAGCCCAGCUAUGUACAAACCAAAUAGGAUAAACAUUUCUGUCAGCUGGAAAAUGUUUAACUUUGUAUCUUGUAAGCAGAGGUGUCAAGUAACGAAGUACAAAUACUUCGUUACCUUACUUAAGUAGAAAUUUUGGUUAUCUAUACUUCACUGGAGUAAUUAUUUUUCAGACGACUUUUUACUUUUACUCCUUACAUUUUCACGCAAUUAUCUGUACUUUUUACUCCUUACAUUUUAACAAACAGCCUCGUUACUCUAUUUCAUUUCGGCCUUUAAAUAAAAACUACCCAGUUAAAUUGCUCCAUCCAGAUAGAGUGAAUUUGGUUGUGGUUGUUUCAGAUGUUCUUGUCCAGUUUUGUUCUUACAUCCGUUGCCCUCAGAUUCCUGCAACUAAACUUGGAUGUACAUUCCAAUAAAGGUUAGGAUAAAUGAUAACAUGCCUCUGAAGUUUGACUUUUUGCACCAUUACAAUAUUUAUAGGCAA